CUUGAACUGCUUGACUAGAGGCGGUCAUUCCGUAUUUCAAUUGCCGUGGGUUGGUUGGAUUGCAUGAGUACCAAGUUUUUUCAUAUAUAAGUCAUGUUAUGCUACAUAAAAAAGCACGAAAUAAAUACCAAAACCAUUAAUUUAGCGUUCUCUGUUUUGUAGUGUACACGUUGGCUCUGUUGUUGCUUUAUAAUUUGAUCUUUGAUCCCAACAACUGUAGUAAAGCUCAACGAAAUGUCAAGUCACAGUGCUUCAUGCUCAAGUGACAUUUCAGUCGACCUAACCGAUGCCUUUCGAAGUAUGAUACUGAACAAGCGUUUCGUCUUGUGGGAUGAUUUUGAAAGCGCCUUAAAAGAGUUCCAAAAAGUAUGGAAUUAUAAUUUUAUCGCUUCUCAGACUACUUAUACUCGUUACAUCCACACAGAAAGCAGAUUGCUGAAGGAUGUCAGGUUCAAAUACCUGUUUGUAUCGUUUAAUUGUACGUUUGGUCAUAAGAGGAAAUCGGAAGGUUUGAAAGUGAGGCAAAAAUCGUCUAAAUUCCGUAAUUGUCGAUCUAAAUUUCGUGUAAGACUAGAGGAGCAAGGAUAUGUCAUCAAAUCCUACAACAUGCUCCACAAUCAUCCAUGUGGUAGUUCAUGGAUGGUAUGUGAUCCAUUGACAAGGAGAUUAUCGUCAGAAGAAAAAGAGAACUUGAAGCCCGUAAUACUUCACUGUGAGUCAGCAGAUGAAGUUAUCGAAAGCAUUAAGGAGAGAACUGGUAAGCAAGCAACUGCUGCCGAUGUCAAAGGUAUGAAAGCUACACUCUCCACUGAUAAGUGUAUAUAAAUAUAUUUCAGGUUGUUUUACUCGGAGCCAGGUAAUGGAUAUGCUUAGACAGAGAGGCGAAGUGAAGGAACAUUUAGAAAAUGGAUAUGCCACUAGAAUAUGUUUCAGUAGUUCUAACCAAAUACAACUGUACAGAAAAUAUCCAGAAGUUGUGUGCAUUGAUUCUACGUAUAAUACUAAUAAUAAAAAGUGAAUAUGUUUAUCGUUGUAUUUUACUAUGUAGAUAUUCCUUAUUCCAGUUAGUAGUGACGGAUAAUUGCGGUCGAGGUCGAACUGUAAUGUUUGCAUGGACUCGAAGGGAAAAGCGUGCUGAUGUUAUAUGGAUUCUAGAUCAAUUCAAAGAGAUAAUGGGGGAUACAAUGUUGACUGAAACAUUUGUGAUGGACUGCGCAAGAUGUGAAAGCGCGGCUGUCCGUAUGACACACGGACAUGCAACGCAUCAUUGAGAAGUAUGGUGAACGUUUCGCAACGGAAGUUGAGAAGAAGGUGGACAAUUAUUACUUAAGAAUUCUUAAUACCAACUUGUAAACUUGAUUUUCUGCUUUAGCAGCAAUGAUUAUUCAAUAAACUGUCAUAAUUUU